AUUAUUUAGUUCUACUCAUAGAAAUACUGGGAAGCUGGUGGCAACUGCAAUAUGGCUAUAGCUGCAGCUAGAUUGGGACUUCGCUGUGUUACUCUUGGGCAUGUUGGUGAUGAAAUCUAUGGUAACUUCCUCCUAGAUGUACUUCGUGAUGAGGGAAUCAGCAUGGUUGAAAUGGAUGAGCAGAAUGAUGUGGUUGAUCAUUCACGUGCAGCUUAUGAGACGCUUUUGUGUUGGGUCUUAGUGGACCCUCUGCAAAGACAUGGCUUUUGCAGUCGAGCAGAUUUUAGCAAGGAGCCUGCAUUUAACUGGUUGAGCAAACUGUCUAAUGAAGUAAAGAUGGCUAUCAAACGCUCCAAGAUCAUAUUCUGCAACGGAUAUGGCUUUGAUGAACUUUCUCCUGGUAUAAUUAUGUCAUCUCUAGAGUAUGCCAUUGAAGUCGGCACCUCAAUAUUUUUUGACCCUGGACCAAGGGGGAAGUCCCUCAUUUUAGGAACGCCUGAAGAGCAAAUAGCACUGAACAAAUUCUUGAAAUUGAGUGACGUUCUUCUAUUAACUUCCGAGGAGGCUGAAUCUUUGACUGGCAUAGCAAACCCUAUUAUGGCUGGACAGGAGUUGCUCCAGAAAGGGGUUCGCACAAAGUGGGUGAUUGUUAAAAUGGGUCCCAAGGGAUCAAUUCUGAUCACAGCUUCAAGUAUAUCUUGUGCCCCUGCAUUCAAGGUGAAUGUUAUAGACACUGUCGGGUGUGGAGAUAGUUUUGUGGCUGCAGUCGCAUUUGGUUUUAUACAUAACCUGCCCUUGGUCUAUACAUUAACAAUUGCAAAUGCAGUUGGUGCUGCAACUGCUAUGGGUUGUGGUGCUGGGAGGAAUGUUGCCACACUCGGACAGGUUGUGGAAAUCAUAACUGGAUUA